AUGGGGAACUGGGCCGUCAACCACUGGUUUUCAGCCCUGGUGAUCGCUGCUUGGCUAGCAUUGAAUAUAUUCCUUUUCGUGACAUAUUUCCUGACAUUUGACAGGAGUGAACAGUACUAUUACACCAGACAGAUUCUUGGGUCUGCGCUGGCUUGGGCUCGGGCUUCAGCCAAGUGCCUGAACUUCAAUAGCAUGUUGAUCCUGCUGCCCAUUUGCCGGAACCUCCUCUCCUUCGUGAGGGGCACCUGUCGGUGUUGCAGGCGUACCAUGAGGCGGCAGCUGGAUCAUAACUUGGCCUUCCAUAAACUGGUGGCUUAUAUGAUCGCUCUUCAUACAGCCAUUCACAUCAUUGCUCAUCUGUGCAACAUUGAGUGGUACAUUGAUGCUGAGCAGGCAACAGAUGACAGCUUGCCUUCCAUUCUGUCUCACCUGCAUCAGACGAAUGAUCUGUGGUUAAAUCCUAUCCACUCAAACUCUACGAUACCUUUAUAUGUAGCAUUCAUCACCAUUCCAGGCCUUACAGGGGUGAUCAUCACUUUGGCACUUGUCCUCAUGAUCACUUCUUCCAUGGAACAAAUCCGCAGAAGCUAUUUUGAAGUCUUCUGGUACACCCACCACCUCUUCGUCAUCUAUUAUGCGGGCCUCGUCAUCCAUGGCAUCGCCGGUCUUGUUCGUGGGCAAACGGCUGAAAGCCUGAUGAAGAAUAACCCCAAGGAGUGUGCAGACCACCCUACCCAGUGGGGUCCAAACAGCAAAGAUCCCCGUUGUGAAGUGCCUGAGUUUGGAAGUAUCCCAGCUGAGUCCUGGAAGUGGGUCCUGGCACCUAUUAUUCUCUAUGCAUUUGAGCGAGUCCUGAGGAUUUGGCGUUCCUACCAGAAGGUGGUUAUUACAAAGGUCAUCAUGCAUCCCUCAAAAGUACUGGAAAUUCAGAUGUGCAAGAAAGGUUUUAGCAUGGAAAUCGGACAGUAUGUGUUCCUCAAUUGUCCCUCCAUCUCCUAUCUGGAGUGGCAUCCAUUCACUCUCACAUCUGCCCCAGAGGAAAGCUUCUUCUCUGUCCACAUUCGGGUGGGAGGUGACUGGACUGAGACCUUGAUUGACACCUUGCAGCAGCCGAACCCGCUGAUGCCCAGGAUCAUGGUGGAUGGCCCUUUUGGCACAGCCAGUGAGGAUGUCUUCCAGUAUGAGGUGGCCAUGUUGGUGGGAGCUGGGAUUGGGGUGACUCCCUUUGCUUCAGUACUGAAAUCCAUCUGGUACAAGUUCCAACACGGUGACCAGGAACUUCGAACCAGAAAGAUUUACUUCUACUGGAUUUGCCGAGAAACAGGGGCAUUUGCCUGGUUCAGACACCUCCUUUCCUCCUUGGAGCAAGAGAUGGAGGGAUCCGGGAGAGCAGGUUGCCUAAGCUAUCAUCUCUACCUCACUGGCUGGAACAGCAGCAUGGUUGGCCAUGCAGCUCUCCAUUUUGAGAAGUCCACUGACAUGGUGACAGGCCUGAGGCAAAAAACCUCCUUUGGGAGACCCAUGUGGAAUAAUGAAUUUUCAGCAGUGGCAGCCACCCAUCCCAGGUCUGUCGUGGGCGUGUUCUUGUGUGGACCAGAGCAGCUGGCAAAGACUCUGAAAAAGUACUGCACUCGGCACUCUAGUCUGGAUCCCAGAAAUGUCCAGUUUUAUUUCAACAAAGAGAACUUCUGAAACACCAGGACUCAUGCUGGAAUGGGAGAACUAUUUAACUCAUUGAACUAAAUCAAGACUGUCAGACCAGGGCCUGCAACUUUAAUAGGCAGUGGGCACUGUUCUCAAUUUUGCAUAUUGCAGGCGUAAUUUUUUCUAUU